CUCAGUCCGCAGCCGCCGCCGCCGCCGCCGCCGCCGCCGCCGCUGCUGCUGCGCCUCGGCCUCGGUGCAGGCAGCGGCCGCCGCCGAGACAGCUGCGCGGGCGAGCAUCGCCAGGCAGCACAUUGGAAGUUGUCAUCCACUGUGUUCCGCCCUUGCUGACACAUCCCAGUCUCCUUGCGUCCAGUGUAAGGUCCAUCCAGCUACAAGGUGGGCACCAUGACUGAGAAGUUCGACUGCCACUACUGCAGGGACAACCUGCAGGGCAAGAAAUACGUGCAGAAGGAUGGCCACCACUGUUGCCUGAAGUGCUUCGACAAGUUCUGCGCCAACACCUGUGUGGAGUGCCGGAAGCCCAUCGGCGCUGACUCCAAGGAGGUUCACUAUAAGAACCGCUACUGGCAUGACACCUGCUUCCGCUGUGCCAAGUGCCUUCACCCCUUGGCCAAUGAGACCUUUGUGGCCAAGGACAACAAGAUCUUUUGCAACAAGUGCACCACACGGGAGGAUGCCCCCAAGUGCAAGGGGUGCUUCAAGCCGAUCGUGGCAGGAGAUCAGAACGUGGAGUACAAGAAGACCGUCUGGCACAAAGACUGCUUCACCUGCAGCAACUGCAAGCAAGUCAUCGGGACUGGAAGCUUCUUCCCUAAAGGGGAGGACUUCUACUGCGUGACUUGCCAUGAGACCAAAUUUGCCAAGCAUUGCGUCAAGUGCAACAAGGCCAUCACAUCUGGAGGAAUCACUUACCAGGAUCAGCCCUGGCAUGCCGAGUGCUUUGUGUGUGUUACCUGCUCUAAGAAGCUGGCUGGGCAGCGUUUCACCGCUGUGGAGGACCAGUAUUACUGCGUGGAUUGCUACAAGAACUUUGUGGCCAAGAAGUGUGCUGGAUGCAAGAACCCCAUCACUGGGAAAAGGACUGUGUCAAGAGUGAGCCACCCAGUCUCUAAAGCUAGGAAGCCCCCAGUGUGCCACGGGAAACGCUUGCCUCUCACCCUGUUUCCCAGCGCCAACCUCCGGGGCAGGCAUCCGGGUGGAGAGAGGACUUGUCCCUCGUGGGUGGUGGUUCUUUAUAGAAAAAAUCGAAGCUUAGCAGCUCCUCGAGGCCCGGGUUUGGUAAAGGCUCCAGUGUGGUGGCCUAUGAAGGACAAUCCUGGCACGACUACUGCUUCCACUGCAAAAAGUGCUCCGUGAACCUGGCCAACAAGCGCUUUGUUUUCCACGAGGAGCAAGUGUAUUGCCCCGACUGUGCCAAAAAGCUGUAAAGUGACAGGGGCUCCUGUCCUGUAAAAUGGAAUCGAGUCUUGUUCUCUGUGUCCUCACCCUCUGGCCAGCGCCACCCCCCCCCCCCGGGCCAGAGUGGCCUCUGGCCUCUGAAGUCCUCCUCCUGCCUUUGCCCCCAUUCUACGCUGUCACUCCCACCAGGGCGCACAGUGCUCGCGCUAGGAUGUAGUGGCCAAGUACACAUCUCCGUAGCUGCCAUGAGAACACACACACUUAGGUAGACCAACUCUUCUGCAUGUUUAUCCUAGAGCAGAAAAGUGCUGACCAUGUAGCUGCUUAGUGACGCAAGCAAGCGGCAUACCCCACGAAGCCCCUGCCCAGCUGCGUCUCGCGGCUCAGCCAGGACCCGCCGUGUCCCCGGGCCACGUGAGAGUUGCAGCGGCUGCUGCAACUCGGCUGCUCACGUCUUUGGUGAGCAGAAAGCAAACUUAGCGAAAUGCAUGGUUGAACUUGCUCAUCAGAGUCUCUUCUGUUCUUUUGUGCUUUUGAACGACUGAUACGAAUUUCCAGAAAGUUAACAUUUGAACUUAGCUGUUAAGUAACUCUAAACUGACCUUCUCCCCCCCCCCCACAUACUAACUUCCAAUUUCCCCGUGUGGCGUGUUUUCUGAACGUUCCUACUUUCAAGCGUGGAACGUGCAGGUGAUUUGCAAAGUGUAGGCAGACCUGAGAGAACGAGCCUGUUGCUCAGGAACAUCGUCACCGCGAAUGCUUCUGGAGGCUUAACAGAACUAACCCAGCUGCCCUUUCUCUUUUAUUUUUUUAAUAUUUUUGUUUUAAUAUGAAUAGUAACAUAGUUUAUGGGUUUGGAGACUUGCAUGUCAGUAUUUUUGCCCCCUCCAGCGUUCCUGCAGUUUUGAAAUCCAUCCUACAGAAGUAACCCUAACACCUGAGAGGGGUAGCUGAGCAGGCACCGGGACGGUCACUGACCCGACAGGAUGUCUCCGAACAGUGAUGUAAUGUAGUAGUUGUCUGCUCUUGGUCCCCGUGGUGAAGAGCCCGGUUCAGUCCCUCUUAUGACUCUUAAAGGACUGCCCCUCAGAGCUUAGCGGGAUCUCUGGGGGCGUGGCGGCCACCCUCCCGGGCCAGCCGGAUGCCCAUGUAGUGCUCACCUCACUGCACUCUCAUCGACAUUGUUCUAGGACAUAGUAUAACGAGACAGUACCACAAGUGAACACGUAAUGCCAGUGCAUACGAACAUUCUUGUAGGAGUGGUUAGCGAAGCCGACGCCUCAUUUCUGCAUUUUGUCAUUAGCUAUUAUCCUCUAACGUUUCAGUGUAUCCUUACAGAAAUAAAGCAGCAUAUAAAUAA